AUGGUUUAUAAGGUUAAAACUAAGCAAGGGGCAAUGACCUCAGACGUCGGCAAUUUACUAAUUUUUUUUUCCUUCUUAUCUCUUUCAUUUUCUUUCUUUCUUUCUUUCUUUCUUUCUUUCUUUCAAAUGUCGCAAUUUACCAAUUUUUUUCCUUCUUAUCUCUUUCAUUUUUUUCUUUCUUUCUUUCAAAUGUCGCAAUUUACUAAUUUUUUUCCUUCAAUUUAUCUCUUUCAUUUUUUUCUUUCUUUCUCUUUCUUUCAAAUGUCUCAAUUUACUAAUUUUUUUUUUUCCUUCUUAUCUCUUUCAUUUUUUCUUUCUUUCUUUCUUUCUUUCUUUCAAAUGUCGUUUGCUCAUAAUAAUUAUUUUCAGUCAAUUUUUUUUUUCCUUCUUAUCUCUUUCAUUUUUCUUUCUUUUUUCUUUCAAAUGUCGUUUGCUCAUAAUUAUUUUCGCCUUAUUUUUCAGGCAAUUUACCAAUUUUUUUCCUUCUUAUCUCUUUCAUUUUCUUUCUUUCUUUCUUUCAAAUGUCGUUUGCUCAUAAUUAUUUUCGCUUUAUUUUUCAGGCAAUUUACCAAUUUUUUUCCUUCUUAUCUCUUUCAUUUUCUUUCUUUCUUUCUUUCUUUCUUUCAAAUGUCGCUUACUUUUUUUUUCCUUCUUAUCUCUUUCAUUUUCUUUCUUUCUUUCUUUCAAAUGUCGUUUGCUCAUAAUUAUUUUCGCCUUAUUUUUUCAGGCAAUUUAAUCUCUUUAUUUUCUUUCUUUUCUUUUUCGUUUGCUUUAUUUUUCAGGCAAUUUUACUAUUUUUUUUCCUUCUUAUCUCUUUCAUUUUCUUUCUUUCUUUCUUUCAAAUGUCGCAAUUUACCAAUAUUUUUCCUUCUUAUCUCUUUCAUUUCUUUUUCUUUCUUUCAAAUGUCGUUUGCUCAUAAUUAUUUUUCCUUUAUUUUUUUUUUUUUCCUUCUUAUCUCUUUCAUUUUCUUUUUCUUUCUUUCUUUCUUUCUUUCAAAUGUCGUUUGCAUAAUUAUUUUCGCCUUAUUUUUCAUAAUUAUUUUUUCCUUCUUAUCUCUUUAUUUUCUUUCUUUCUUUUUUCAAAUGUCGUUUGCUCAUAAUUAUUUAUUUUCAGGCCAAUUUUUUUCCUUCUUAUCUCUUUCAUUUUCUUUCUUUCUUUCUUUCAAAUGUCGUUUGCUCAUAAUUAUUUUCGCUUUAUUUUUCAGGCAAUUUACUAAUUUUUUUUUCCUUCUUAUCUCUUUCAUUUUCUUUCUUUCUUUCUUUCAAAUGUCCUCUUUAAUAACUUCCUUACCUGUCUAUAUUUCUUUUUCUCUUUCCGUUAUUCCUUCAUUCAUACACUUUCUCUUUUUAUUGUUCGCGUUAUUUUUACCACCUUCUUUCUUUUUUCUUUAUCUUCAUUUUUUUCUCCUGAUUUUUCCAUCAUUUACAACUUCCUGGUCUCUCUCUUUUUUUUUUCUCACUUUUUUUCUCAUCAUAUACAGCUAUAUUUCCUAUCACCCUUUUUUCAUCACUUUUUCUUUCAUUUCUUCCCUUUUUUUCAUUAUUUACCGCUUUUUCUCUUUUCCUUUUUUCUUUUCUUUUUUUCCUAUUAAUUCUUUUUCUUUUCCUUUCUCUUUAUCUACUUUACUUUCCACCCCCCCCAUCAUUUACUGUUUCCUUCUACUUUUUUCUCUUGCCUUUCUUUUCUUUUCUGUUUUUACAUCAUUUACUGCUUGUCUCGCUUUUCCUUUUUUUUCUUUUCUUUUUUGCUCACUGUUCUUUCUGUCCCUUUUUUGUUUCAACAUUUACUGCUUCCUUGUCUUUUCCUUUCGUUUUUUUGUUUCUCUUUUUCCCCUAUAUUUGGUGAUUCCUUCUUUUUUCCUCUCUCUCUUUUUCCUUUCUUCUUUUCUUAUUUUCGUUUACCCACCAUGCACUUCUACCUUCUCUUUUCAUUUCUAUUCUUCCUUUUCUUUUCUUUUGUGUUUUCUUCUUUCUCCUACAUUUUUUCAUCUGACCUUUUCUUCUUCUUCUUCUUCUUCUUCUUCUUCUUCUUCUUCUUCUUCUUUUUUUUUCUUCUUCUUCUUCUUCUUCUUCUUCUUCUUCUUAAUCUUCUUCUUCUUAUUAUUAUUAUUUGUUUUCAGUUCGAUAGAAUCUAUUUCCGGUUUCAUAACAAUUUUUUAA